AUGGCUGUGAUGGAGUCAGCUCAGUUGCCGGUGACCUUCGAGGAAGUGGCUGUGUAUUUCACCCAGGAGCAGGGAGCUCUGCUGGACCCCAGUCAGAGAGCCCUCUACAGGGAUGUCAUGCAGGAGAACUAUGAGAUGGUGACCUCGCUGGGAUGUCCCAUUCCCAAACCUGAACUGAUCUCCCACCUGGAACGAGGGGAAGAACUGUGGGUCCCGGAUCUCCAGGCCUGUGAGGAAAGAGAGAUCCUGAGAGGCAAUCGCACAGGUGAUGAGACAGUGGAUGAGAAGAAGGAUGGGAAUCAUCAUGAGGAAGUUCCUGGGCAUGUGGAACCACAGGGGACCUUUGUGGGAAGAGCUGAAGGGAGUUUAUCCCAGUGCUUGGAAGAGGGAGAAGCCUGGGGAAAUUGGCACAAGCCAGAGAGGCAACUGAAAAACCACCCAAGGAAGAAAGUGGAUGAAUCUAUUAUAUGUGGGGGAGGAGACGAGGAUCCCACAGCCCAGCAGACCAAUCCUAAUGAAGAGAAACCCUAUCAGUGCCUCGAAUGUGGAAAAGGAUUCAUUCUCAGAUCACAGCUUGUGACAUAUCAGACAAUCCAUACUGGAGGGAAACCCCUUCAAUGCUUGGCCCAUGGGGAAAGCUUCAGUAACUGCUCAGAUCUUAAUAACCAUGGGAAAAGCCACAUGGGAGAGAAAUCCUAUCAAUGCCUCGAGUGUGAAAACUGUUUGAAUUGGAAGUCAGCAUUAAUUACACAUCAGAGAAUCCAGACAGGAGAGAGACCCCAUAAGUGCUUAGACUGUGGGAAAAGUUUCAUACGGAGGUCACACCUUGUUCAACAUCAGGCAUUCCAUACAGGAGAGAGACCCCAUAAGUGCUUGGACUGUGGGAAAAGUUUCAUACAGAGGUCAGACCUUACUAAACAUCAGGCAAUCCACAAAGGAGAGAGACCACAUAAGUGCUUGGACUGUGGGAAAAGUUUCAUACAGAGGUCAAACCUUAUUAAACAUCAAGCAAUCCACACAGGAGAGAGACCCCACAAGUGCUUGGACUGUGGGAAAAGUUUCAUACAGAGGUCAUACCUUGUUAAACAUCAAGCAAUCCACACAGGAGAGAGACCACAUAAGUGUUUGAACUGUGGAAAAAAUUUCAUACGGAGGUCACACCUUGUUAAACAUCAGGCAAUCCACACAGGAGAGAGACCCCACAAGUGCUUGGACUGUGGGAAAAGUUUCAUACAGAGGUCACACCUUAUUAAACAUCAGGCAAUCCACACAGGAGAGAGACCACAUAAGUGCUUAGACUGUGGGAAAAGUUUCAGGAACAGAUCAGCCCUUUCUAAACAUCAGGCAAUCCACACAGGAGAGAGACCCCAUAAGUGCUUGGAUUGUGGGAAAAGUUUCAUACAGAGGUCAGACCUUAUUAGACAUCAAGCAGUCCACACAGGAGAGAGACCCCAUAAGUGCAUGGACUGUGGGAAAAGUUUCAUACAGAGGUCACACCUUGUUAAACAUCAGGCAAUCCACGCAGGAGUGAGAUCUCACAAGUGCUUGGACUGUGGGAAAAGUUUCAUACAGAGGUCAAACCUUGUUAAACAUCAAGCAAUCCACACAGGAGAGAGACCACAUAAGUGUUUGAACUGUGGAAAAAAUUUCAUACGGAGGUCAGACCUUGUUAAACAUCAGGCAAUCCACACAGGAGAGAGACCCCACAAGUGCUUAGUCUGUGGAAAAAAUUUCAUACGGAGGUCACACCUUGUUAAACAUCAGGCAAUCCACACAGGAGAGAGACCCCACAAGUGCUUGGACUGUGGGAAAAGUUUCAUACAGAGGUCAAACCUUGUUAAACAUCAAGCAAUCCACACAGGAGAGAGACCACAUAAGUGUUUGAACUGUGGAAAAAAUUUCAUACAGAGGUCAGACCUUGUUAAACAUCAGGCAGUCCACACAGGAGAGAGACCCCACAAGUGCUUAGUCUGUGGAAAAAAUUUCAUACGGAGGUCACACCUUGUUAAACAUCAGGCAAUCCACACAGGAGAGAGACCCCACAAGUGCUUGGACUGUGGGAAAAGUUUCAUACAGAGGUCACACCUUACUAAACAUCAGGCAAUCCACACAGGAGAGAGACCACAUAAGUACGGGGUAGAGGAGGAGGAGGAGGACGAGCUUGCGGAGAGCACCCAGCACUCCGUUCUCCCCAACAGCCAGAAUCUUUUUCUCAGCUUGACUGAAGUACCCUCCCAACCCUCCCAAGCCAGUAUCCAAGACCACGACCCCAUGGAAGGGACCUCAGCUCGGCACAAGAGCAUGCUCGUGGCUGCUGUGUGGGAAGGGUUUGCUGACAAUGCUGAGAAGUGUUUUGAAAGGAAGGAGACCCUGACGUUCUUCACAUCCGAUGAACCCAGGUGCUUCUGCUAA